AUGACAAAUUUCGAAGUGCAGGAAAAACUAGGCGGAAUGUUCCGUGACGGACUACUGAAAGCGGCACAGACUACAGGAGCAUGGAUAAUCACUGGUGGACUGGAUUGCGGUGUCGUAAAGCACGUGGCUCGGGCGCUUGACGAUGCUGGUAUUUCGGCUAGAAUGAGAUCGAAAAUAGUGACGAUCGGCAUCGCGCCAUGGGGAGUCAUCAAGCGAAAGGAGCGUCUGAUCGCUAAAGAUGCUCAUGUGCAGUAUGAUCCACAUGCGUUCGGGUCAUCGCAAGGCAUGGGUGUGCUUAAUGAUCGGCAUUCGUAUUUUCUUCUCGCUGAUAAUGGCACGAGUUCUAGAUAUGGUGCUGAUCUGCAUCUGCGGCAAAAUCUCGAGAACUAUCUAGCGGGCCGAGCUGAUGACGAUGGUUCAAGGAAAACGCCAGUGGUCUGCGCGGUUCUAGAAGGCGGCACUAACUCGCUCACAGCUAUUCACCAAUAUCUAACACAGUAA